CUUUCUUUUUUUUUUUUUUUUAAUUUUGAGCAGAGUCUUGUGUGUCACAGUCAUCAUCUUAUGGUUUUUUUUUCAAAACAAGAAAAUUAUUCAAGUCGUGUAACGGUAUAUCAAAAUUCAUUCAGACAUUUCAAGUCUUUGCUGUUAUCUACUAGUAUUUAACAUCUGAAAUAGUGAAGUUGGGAACAAGUUAAUGGUUUUUUAAUCUAAAAUUUCGAAUUUAGAUAAACGUGAAAAUUAAAUUACUUUUAUUUAUACAGUGCAUCUAUUUUACUUAAAUAUUGUAAUUGUAUAUCUUUUAGUCGACUUUUUACGAAAACCGUCAAAUGAUAUUGACCAUCGUUACAGUCUGUUGGGAAGCAUAUUGUAUUUACUAUAUGUAAUUCAAAGUUUUCAGCGUGUAAACCCAACUUCAACAUCCUUUAUUUUAUGAAUAUCGUAAUAUUAAGAGAGAGAGAGAGAGAGAGAGAGAGAGAGAGAGAGAGAGAGAGUAAUGUUUCUAUUCAAUGAAUGUUUCGUACGUACGUGUUUGGGGACUAACUUUUAGCCAGAGACUGUAGAUCGAUCAGUCUGGAUAUUCCAACUAGGCCUACUAUCUCAGUUUCUGUACGGAUUGAAUUUGGGACAGUUUGCAAAUCGCAAGUGAUUUUUAGGAUUAAAAAUGGGUUAGGCCUAAAGGAUGUGCUUUAAAAAAUCCCAGUAGACUGUGAUUAUGGGAGACAGAGGAGUUAAAGGAUGUGUAGGAGGCCUAUGUAUGUCAGUCCUGUUUAGUUUCGGUUUUGUUUUUGGGGACUUACUCCCCGGAUACAGAGAGGGCCUGAAUGUAUCCGAGACAAAAACCUGUCCUACAAACGAGACAGAAUGGAGGACAGCGUCUGAUCGAAUGAAAUGUAACGCGAAGAAAGAGCCGCCAGACAAUCACUAUUACUGCCUACCUAACCAGGACAAAUCGAAACUGGUAGAAUUCUGCUAUGACAAAUACAGCUUAAAAACUGAAAAAGGUAACUGCUGGCAACUUGGGGGGCAAGGAUAUUUAAAUCAAGUAAACUGCAGCAGAUUUGUAAGCGGUUGCCCGAAUGAAACCUAUUUAAGUGAGGAAAUAUACAACUAUCAAGAUUGUCUGCAAUUAAAUGUGAUAGACAGAUGCUAUGUAGCUGAGAGGAAUUGCACUCCCAAAGAUAGUAAAAUCACAACUGUCAGCUCCACAGUUGUUCCUCUGAUCUCCACUACAGAAGAUGUGGUUUCUAUGGAAAAUAUAUCAACUACAUCAAAGCCUUUGGGAACAGAGGGCGAAGGGGAUAAAACUAAUAUAGUGGCUAUCAUUGUCCCAGUCGGUUUUGUCUUCAUAGUUGGCAUGGUGGUAGCUGUCAUUUUAUGUCGUAAAUAUAGACGAUGUGGACACUGCAAGGAGCAUUCUGAUGAAGAAGAAAGGAUGCCCCUUAAUAAACUUUUAGGAAAUGAAACGGAUCUUCCUAACAAAAUUGUACUACUCCUACGCCAGUCCGAGGAUGACAGUUUCACCAUCACAACCACAUUACCCCUAAACAUUUCUCCGAAUACUGAUGUGAAAUGGAUGAAAAAUGGCAAAAACAUAAGUAGAAAAGAUGAAAAAUAUGCGUGCAAUACUGGGGAAGUUUUACAGCUGAAACUUCAGAGCUUUGAUGUUCACGAUGAGGGGAGAUACUGGUGUGUUCUAUCUACUAAUUCUUUGAGGGUGGAAAGCAACCACAUCAGCAUAAAGUAUGACAAGUUUUUUCAUCAGCACUGUUUGAAGAAUGCCUUGGUUUGCUGCAUGUUGUUACAGAGUGGAUAUCAGGUUCGAUUACACGAGGACGUAUCAAUAAGGGAUUCUUUCAAAACCUUAGAUAUUUUCAAGAUCAGAGAAGUUCCAUCACAGGAAACACUAAAGGAAUUGGCUUUGAGGGAAGCAGGGGUGUUCAGUGUGGACAAUGAUGUCAUCAAUUUCGUAUCGAAUGAGGAACAGACAGAAGCGAUACAGAGAUAUUGUUCGUGGGCUGGUUUCAUCAACAUUUUCAUCAGGCAUGCAUCGCUAGAAAACGUGAAGGGAUACUGUCAGCAACAUAUGAAAAAAACUGAGAUGGAGAUAGUGAUUGAAAGGCUUGGAUAUGAUUUCUUAAUUCAUUGCCCUCUACAUGACAAGUCGUUGUUUGCCUUAAUAUCACAACAACUGAAAAUACCAAGGGAAGUUUUACAAAUGGGCAAAAAUGAUCGACACAAUUUUGUGAGAGACCUAAAGACAGGUGGAGUGCAAGUGUUUCACGGUCAAGGAACUGUUGUUGGCUGGGCAAGAGCAGGGAAAACCACUCUCAUCAAGAAACUUCAAGGAGAGAGCAACCUAACUACAAUACAGACAAAGUCAAUAGAAAUUCAUCCAAAUGUGUUCAAAGUGGAUGUUGAUGGAGAGAAUCUGGAAAUUCCCCUAGCUCCAGAAAUGAUGGGACCGGCUCUGAAUAUUUCAAUUAAUUGUCUGAAAUCAGAAAACGAUCUCAGGGAGAGCAGGAAGAACCAUUUGAUCAGAGACCUGGGUACAAAGGCUAUUGAUGAGAACUCUGAAAAUUCACCUGAAGGCAAAGAAAGCGAUUCUCACGUUGAAAAAGCAGCAAAAGAAACUACAAAUAUUCUGCCAAGACAAAAUACCAAGACAGUCUCCGUCAUACCACCUAAACUGGUUAUAGAAAGCAGCAAUGAGGGUGAAUCCUCACGUACUGGGCAUCCAUUCAAAGAUGAUGAACAAAUGAAUCAAGAGCUAAAAUUAGAAAAAGUGCCUUUAACAAUUAAAGAUAAGCACUUGAAAAUUGUCACUAUUUUAGACUUUGGUGGUCAAAGUGCAUAUUAUGCAUGCCAUUUUGUCUACUUCAGCCCACGUGCAUUUCACAUUCUAGUUAUUGAUAUGUCAAAAGAUCUUCAUUCAAGAGCUGAAGACGCUUGUGAAACACCAGGUCUGAUAUACUCCGAAUGGAAGUACCUAGAUUACAUCCGAUACUGGAUCACUUCCAUCCACAUGUUUAGCUCCUCUGAAGCACCGGUUAUCAUGGUAGCCUCACAUACCGAACACAUUUCACGGGAAGAAGAGAAACAGAAAAUGAACCAGUUAUAUGAGAAAGUUAUCAAUGCACUACCAGAUGUCCUGAGAAAACAUUUACAUAGAGAAAGGGUUUUUGCUGUUGCCAAAUCGUCAAAAAAGAAUUUGGAUAACAUAAAAAAGAGCAUAGUUAGAAUUCUCAAAGAGCAGGACCAUUGGGGAAGAGCGAUUCCAACAUCCUGGCUGCGACUUGAAACUGUUUUACGAACAGCAAGAGAUAGAAACAAAGUUAUAAUUACAUCACUUUUGUGGGAAAAUAUAAAGAGUGAAGCGUCCAUCGGAAUUAUCAGCAAGGGGGAUCUGUUGUCUGCUCUCAAGUUUUUCCAUGAAAUUGGGAUUGUCCUCUUCUUGAAAAAUGAGUUUGUCAUAUUAGAUGUGCAAUGGUUCAUUGAUGCAUUUCAGUGUAUCAUUGAUCCAGAAUGCCCUGCCAGAUAUGAUAAUCGGUGCGAGAAAUGGACCGAUUUCAACAGAACAGGUCUACUUGAGGAAGAAUUACUUCUGUCAAUGUGGAGAACAGAAAAGACAUACAUAGAUCACCAAGCGCAAAUACUUUAUCAUAUGAAGCAUCUUGGAAUGUUAGCAGAAAUUGGAAAUAAGCGAUGGUAUAUUCCCUUCAUAAACAAGCAAAACUUUGAAGAAACAAAUGAAUUGCAGGAAUGUGAAGUAUCUUCUACAUUGUGCUUUGUAUUUGAGUUUUUCCCUGUUGUGGUGUUCUACCACCUGAUUUCAUUUUGCAUUAACAGUUUAGGCUGGAAGAUCUGGAUUAAGAGUGGCAGUGAAUGUGUUUAUCACACGGCAAUUAUCUUAGAGCACGUGUCAAACCCCUCUCACAAAAUUCUUAUAAGGUAUUUUGAUGAAAGCACUUCGAAGAUUUGCGGAAAAAUUUGGCAGUACUCAAUUGAAGUGAAUGUGCUUGUUCUUAAGAACAACUUGAUCAACGCAAAGCUUGCAACCGAAGUCAGAGUUGACGUACAGGGAUUUCUCGAGAAGGCAGCAUCCGAGGCAACACAGUACAGAUUGAAUUUUCAUACUGGUUGUAGAUGUAGAAAAGAGAUUGGAAUUGAAUCAUCGAUAAUUCUUGAAGAAAAGUUUUGCUAUUCGGCAAGAAACCCCGAAUGUUCAAACUGCAAAGGAGGUGCACACAUCAUCAAUUUUCAAGAGACAUACUUGUUCUGGAAUACAAGGAAGAAAGAAGUACACAUUUACAGGAGAACUGCUGAUGCUGGCACUGAGGUGUUUGAAUACUCGCUUCUAGAGAGAUCAAAACAACUGAAAGUAAUUAGAAUUGAAGAUGUAGAUGAAAUUCAUCACAUUGCUUGUAAUUCGAUGCAGAAAAUAUGGAUCAGCGAUGUUGACAACUGUCUUCUGCAAAUUAGCUGUGAUGGUAACGUUCUCCAAAAUACGGGGAAGAAAGAUACUUAUACAACAGGGAUUACAGUCAACAGAGAGGGCUUUCUGUUGUUCACAGAUGAUAAAGAAUUAGCCCUGUUCAAAGUUGUAGAUGGCAUGCAAAUUAAGUUACGGGAAACAGGCGAGUGGGUGCCGCGCUCUGUUCAUUCUUCUCGUUAUACUGGUAAUAUAUUUAUUGGUCUAACAAGAAAACUAGAAAACGAAGAGGAAGCCAAAGUUAUUAGAUGCAACGAAACAGGUGAACAGGUUCUGCAAGAAAUCCAGUGGAAUGAUGGGAAACCACUUUAUCGAUGGCCUCAUCACAUAGCUGAAAACGAAGCGGGAGAUAUUUAUGUAUCCGAUUACCAUUUAAGGUCAUUGAUAGUGGUGAGCAAAUUUGGAAAGUUUCAAAUGGACAUGAAAGUGGAAGAUUUCUGGCCUCAUGGAGUAACCGUUGAUCGAUUAGGAAAUGUACUAGUGUGUAAUGCUUCUUUUAAGUCGCCUUGUGUCCUAGUCUUUAAUCAGGAUGGCACUCUUCUUACACGAAUACUCACGAGAGAAGAAAAGAUACGAAAUGUGCGGCAAAUUUGUAUUGAUGACGAAGACAGGUUGUAUUUAUUGCAAAAAAAUGCGAGUGAAAUUAAAGUGUUUCAGUAUUUAAAACCCUUAGAAGCUGAUUAACUUUAAUAACAAAUUACUGUGCCAAUACUUGAAUUCUUAGACUGUAGACACUUAGACUGUAUACACUUCUCUGCGUCAAUUAUUGCAGUAUUCAUAGACAUUGUGUAACUAAGAGAAAAUGUCCAUGACCACUUCAAUUUUAUGUACAAUAUAUGAAGAAUAAAUAUACUUGUCGCUCGA